AGCUUUCUUGAAUCUUGAAUAUUUUGGGGAAGGCUGACAGGUAACAUAAAAUUAACACAGUUUUUUCGUAGCUUAAAUCUUAAUCACUGGGAUACUUUUGAUAGGCCAUCUCCCUACAUUGUCCCUUCACUGAAAAGGUUUCCCGCUUGUGUGCACUCAAACCGCGCGACGCCUCCCUGCUUCUUCUCCCAGCGCAGUACACUUUUACCUCCCCCUCGGUCUAAUUCAGCAAAGAUCACACCUCACUGGACCACAUGCAAAUCAAUUUUCCUCCUGUUUCCUUGCAGUUACUUCUGAUUCUCCGAAAAGUCAAUGUUUUUAAGCCCUUGUUAUCAUACUGUUAAUUCUGUCGAUUCCACCCCCCUCCUUUUUUUUUAAUUCUCGCUGUGUUUUUAUGGAGGGUCACUCUCUUGGCAUGUUCGAUAACAAACAAGCAGGUGCUCGGAGCAACAAAAUUCUUUGGUGUCUGGAUUGGAAUAAUAUUAACCUUUAAGAGUGAUCUGCCCCUCACCAGACUGUAAGAUGUCCCAGUCCACAGUUACUGAAGAAGGAGGCACCUUUGAGCACCUCUGGAGCUCCCUGGAGCCAGACAGCACCUACUUUGAGCUUCCCCCGGGCAGCCAGCCAGGUGACCGUCCAAUGCCUUCUACCAGCACCCCAGGGAGCCAUCGUAGCAUUGCUGCUGAGGGCUCUAUGGAUGUCUACCACAUGAGGGACAUGAACGACAAUGUGAUGUCCCAAUACAACUUGCUGAGCAGCAGCAUGGAGAGCCUGGGGAGCCGCGCGACGUCUGCCAGCCCCUACAGCUCCGAGAACGCCUCCUCGUCGGCCGUGCCCACCCCCUCGCCCUACUCCCAGCCCAACUCCACCUUUGAGGGCCUGUCGCCUGCCCCGGCCAUCCCUUCCAACACCGACUACCCCGGACUGCACACUUUUCAGGUGUCCUUCCAGCAGUCUAGCACCGCCAAGUCUGCCACAUGGACCUACUCUCCCCUGCUGAAGAAGCUCUACUGUCAGAUUGCAAAGACAUGCCCAAUCCAGAUCAAGCUCUCUUCCUCUCCUCCACAUGGCAGCAUCCUCAGAGCCAUGCCCGUCUACAAGAAGGCGGAGCAUGUCACAGAAGUGGUCAAACGCUGCCCUAACCACGAACUGGGACGAGACUUUAAUGAUGGUCAAGUAGCCCCAGCCAGUCACCUGAUCCGAGUGGAGGGAAAUAACCUUUCUCAGUACGUGGACGAUCCUGUGACGGGGCGCCAGAGUGUCUUCGUGCCAUAUGAGGCUCCACAGGUGGGGACUGAGUUUACGACCAUCCUGUACAACUUCAUGUGCAACAGCAGCUGUGUGGGUGGCAUGAACAGGAGGCCCAUCCUCAUCAUCAUCACUUUGGAAACAAGAGAUGGUCAAGUGUUGGGCAGAAGGUCAUUUGAGGGUCGGAUAUGUGCAUGUCCUGGCCGAGACCGCAAAGCAGAUGAGGACCACUUCAGGGAACAACAGGCCCUAAAUGACAGUGUGUCCAAAAAUGGCAGUGCCAAUAAGCGUAACUUCAAACAGAGUCCAACAAAUAUUCCCAGUCCAAAUAUUAACAUGAGGAAGAGGCGGCAUGGAGAGGAAGAGAUUUACUAUAUUCCUGUUCGUGGCCGAGAGAACUUUGAACUGCUGAUGAAGAUUAAAGACAGUUUGGAGCUGGUAGAGCUGGUGCCACAGCCACUGGUAGACUCCUACAGACAACAAACACAACAGCAGCUGCUGCAAAGACCGAGCCAUAUAGCAUCCCCAUCCUCUUACUCUCCACUAUCCAACAUGAACAAGCUCCAUACCCACGGAGGCCUCGGCAAGCAGCCAUCAGUCAACCAGAUGAUGGGGCAGCAGCCCCAGCAACACCAAACUGCCCCCAUAUCUCAUAUGGGUUCAAAUAUGCUCAACAGCCACCACAUGCAGGCCAAUGGCGACCUGAACGGAGGCCACAGCAGUCAGACUAUAAUGUCUGCCUCCCACUGCAGCCCGCCCCCUCCAUAUAACCCUGACCCCAGCCUUGUCAGUUUUCUAACCAGUCUGGGCUGUCAGAACUUCAUUGAAUACUUCACCUCCCAAGGCCUCCAGUCUCUAUACCAUCUCCAGACUCUCUCCAUGGAGGAUUUGGGUGAAUUGAAAAUACCAGAGCAAACCCGCAUUGUCAUCUGGCGAGGACUGCAGGACAUGAAACAAGGUGCCUCCCUCCAACUGCCUGCAUCAACUCAUCAUCAUGAUUAUCACGGUCAGCAGCUUCUUCGCUCCAGCAGCAACAUGGCUGCUUCUGCCAUGGCCGCCAUUGGUGCUGCCAGUGGGGAACUGCAACGCCAGCGCGUCAUGGAGGCUGUGCACUUUCGUGUCCGUCACACUAUCACAAUCCCAAAUAGGUCAGGAGUUGUUGGGACUGCAGGAAUGGCAGCAGCUGACGAAUGGGCUGAUUUUGGUUUCGACAUGCCCGACUGCAAACUGUCACGUAAGCACUCCAUCAAGGAGGAGUUUAUGGAAAGUGACAUUCACUGAGCCUAAAAAGACUUUUGGGGCUUUUUCUUGCCAAUGUUCAGAAAUGGUUAUCAAAUAUGCUGUCAUAAUUCAGUCAGUGAAUAUACAGGAAAGAAGUUUCUUUUGAAUAUGGGACAUUUUCACCUAGAAAACUGACAACAGGUGACACAAAAGGACAUCACAAGCUGAAAUAACAUGGGGUCAUAGCAUAUUUAGGGCAAUGCUUAGCAGCCAUGAUGUGGACUUUUAUUUGGGCACUCAUGAUUCAUGUCAAAAGACAGGAAUACUUUCCUGGAAAAACAGGAUAUUUUUGAUGCACUGUGCAAUAUGACACGACACAUAUUUCUUUUGAAGAACUGCAUUUCUUCAAUAGGGAAUUUUAAAGGUACUCAUUGAUCUACCUAACAUUCGUUACAGUAGCUUGCCCAUGUCACAACUAGCUAGUUCCAGUUUUGUGUUUUAAUACAAAUAAGUAUUUAUUGUUCUUUCAGUUUAACUUUACUUGUACAGAUGUAUAUACUGUAUCUUGUAAAUGUUUAAGUCUAGAUGUGGUCACAAAAAGGGGGUUGUAGAUUAAAAGUGUUUUUUUUCUUGUUUAAUCCAAAUGUCCAGCAUUAAAUGGUGAAUCAAAAUCACAGCACCAGAAACACUUGGUCCUGUAGAUAUUUAAUGGCCAUAUUGUGAUGACCUCUAGUUCAGUCUGCCUUUGUCAUUUUAUUGAUAGCAAAUGUUUAAUGGGCUUUGUUAAUGGUGUGUAGUCAUGAAACUCACCACAUUGUGAUAGGAGUUAGUUAAUGCUGCCAUUCCCUUUUUAUUCAUGUUUAAGAAAUACUAUGCUAAUUCUUGUAGAAAAAUACAGAAAAAACUGUUAAGACACAAAAUAUGGAAAUCAGUAUUAUAUCUUAGGAACAGGGGUUUGCUGAGAAUUUUGAUAAUAAUUAAGUGUAGCAUCCCUGUUUACCAAGACACUAGAUAAAACAGUCGUGUUCUCUUGUUCCCCUUCCAUUUUAAAAAACCUUGCAGGGCAAGGUCUUCAUAGUGAUGUUCAUACUGAUUAUAGCUAGUUGUGUACCUCGUAUGUCUCUUCAUGGCACUUGAGUGUGGAUAUUUAAUUGCAACAUUCCAGUUUGAUUUCUAGAUUGCCCUUCAGCAGGACCACUUGUGAUAUAAUUUAGUAAUGGUGUCUAAAGUGUUUGGAGUAACUGCAGGACAUUGUACAGUGACAGUCAUUUUUACCAUCUUGCGGCCAUGUUUUUAUUAAUGCCUUCAAAGACGUAUACUUUCACCCAUUAAACACCAACUGGUCACAGAAAGAGCACUUUAAUGCUUUAAAAGUGGAAUAGUCAAGGAUUAUUUGUGCUAAUGAUCAGUAUUAUACAUGACCACUAUGUAAAAAAUAAAUUGUGAUUGCUUUGAUA